AUGGCAGACCAGGAGAGUGGAACCUCCAACCAGCGGUCCUUCAAGGGCCAGGCCACCUCUGCGGAGGAUAUGCUCAAGUCGCAAACCGUCGGCUUAGUGCAUCUAUCGGACUUUCGCAAGCGACGCGCCGAGGUCUUGGAGCAGAAAGAGCGCGAGGCGCAUGACAAGUCGCUAGGAAGAUUGGCAUCUGGUAUUUCAAGAAGUGCAACUCCUUCCACAGGCGAGAUAACUGACGGAUCGUCAACGCCUCGAAGUGAUGGACCUCCCAAGAAGAAAAAGAAGAAGGCUCUUGCCAAGAGCAAGCUGUCCUUUGGCGAUGACGAGGAGGAGACCGGGGAGGAUUCAGCAGCAACACCACGCGAGUCCAGCAUUUCCCGCUCCGGCUCAAAGACACCAGCCGAAGAAAGCGCAAAAUCAGCAGCUGUUCGCAUGAAGGCAAACCCAAAUGCGCCGCCUCCACCAAAGGCCCAGACCAAGGCGGCGAUAGAAGCUGAGGCGCAAGCUCGUGAUACGCUUCGCAAGGAGUUUUUGGUCAUGCAGGAGGCUAUCAAGAACACGGAAAUCCUUAUCCCAUUUGUAUUCUUCGAUGGCACAAGCAUACCUGCCGGGUCGGUCAAGGUCAAGAAAGGAGACCAUGUAUGGCUGUUUUUAGAUCGAUGCCGUAAGGUCGGCGCUGAGCUGGGUGUCCGCGGUGCUAGUGGAGCAGCCAAGGCGCGCAAGGACAGUCGUCGAGAAUGGGCCAGAAUCAGUGUUGAUGACCUGAUGCUUGUAAAGGGCAAUAUCAUUGUUCCCCAUCAUUAUGAAUUUUACUAUUUCAUCUCCAACCGUGUGUCUAGCUUCUCCAAGACAGGAGGGCUACUGUUCGACUACUCAAACAAGCCUCCGCCAGAGCGAUCAGACGACAAUCCUUUGUUCCGACCGAGCGAUCAGCAGCUGGAGGGCGAAGACAAAGACUCUGCAGAGACUAAAGUUGUAGAUCGUCGCUGCAAGAACUUCACCGAGAAGUAUACUGGUCUUAAAACUGAGACGGAUAAGGCUGCCUCCAACGCCAACUCAGAAAUUUUCAGCCUUCGCAAGAAGGUCUCAGAUCUGCAAGCAUCACAGGAGGAACUGAAAAAGAAGAACCAAGAGCUUGUUGAUCAGUACCGCGAAAAGUCCAAAAAGCUAUCUCAGAUGACAACUCUGUACAACUUGCUCAAGGCACGCACAUUACACUCUCAAAUGGAGACUGCAGCUGCCAACUCUGUGACCAAAACUCUGAAAACCAACUCCUCACGAAGUGGUCAACCUACUGUAGCCACCCCAUCGGGAUCGUCAUACGCCCCAAGCCUUCCGAACAUUCCACAAACAUCUUUCCCAAGAACAUCUUCUUCAAGAGAGUCUGUUUCAACAAUAUCUGUGCCAAGAACAUCUUUCCCCGUGGACGCUGAUGGAGUUGAGCAAUUACACCUAUACCAAAAAAGUGGCUCAGCUGGCUCAGGUAGCUCAUCCCGCUCCAACCGUGUGAGCAAGACCCCUGUUAAAGAUACCUCAAUGGGCCCUCCACUUUGGCCAGCCUCGUGGACGAGAAACCGUGAGUAG